AUGGUUCAUCUCGUUGGAACUAGCGCUGCAAAGGCGGCUUCGUCGGCCUUGCGAUUCGAGGCUCGAUCCUCGCUUCUUCGUGGAUCUCAGGUCGUUCAGGCUCGCAACGUCCAUGAUCUCACUAUCAAUCGAAAGACGGGAAAGCCCAUCAUCAAGUCUGGUCCUUACGGCGGUGGACGAUCCUCGGUUUCGGGACACGUUGUUACCGUGUUUGGUUGCACCGGCUUUCUUGGACGAUACGUUGUGAACCGUCUGGCGCAAAAGGGCUCGCAGGUCAUCGUUCCGUACCGAGAUGAGGACGAAAAGCGACACUUGAAGGUGAUGGGAGACCUUGGACAGGUUGUGCCCAUGGAGUGGGACCUGAGGCACGACGAGCAGAUCGAGGAGUGCGUGCGACACUCGGAUGUAGUGUACAACUUGACUGGGCGACACUACGAGACCAAGAACUUUACCUUCAACGACGUCCAUGUCACCGGUGCUCAGCGCAUUGCUCAGAUUGCCGAAGCUUCCGGCGUUGGCCGCUUCAUCCACGUCUCGCACCUGAACGCUGAUGCCAACUCGCCAUCGGCUUUCUUGCGGUCCAAGGCGGAAGGUGAGGCUGUGGUAAAGCGCGCUUUCGAAGGCGCCACCAUCGUUCGCCCCGGUACCAUGUGGGGUCAUGAGGACCGAUUCCUGAACCAGAUGGCUGUGUAUCCUUACGCCUGGCGCGUCAACCAGGGCCAAACCAAGAUGCGCCCCGUGCACUCUCUCGAUGUGGCGCACGCUCUCGAAAAGAUGCUCGAGGCUGACGUUACUUCGAUGGGUGCCACCUUCUCGCUUGCCGGUCCCAAGGAAUACACUAUCGGUCAGAUCCUGCAGCUCGUCGAGUCGCUCACUUACACCUCAUUGGUCAAGCCCGGUCUGAACACGCCCAAAUUUGUCAUGAAGCUUGCCGCCAAGGUGGCCGAUCUUGCCUGGUGGCCCAUGAUCUCGCCCGACGAGGUGGUCCGACGAUACAUUGACGAUCUUCCGGAUGCUCCCGGCACCAAGAGCUGGGCCGAUCUCGCCAUCUCCCCCGACACACUCGAAGAGACCGCUGCACCAUACCUCAGGAGAUACCGACCCACGACAAGGUUCGAGCAGCCUCUCGAGACUGGUGGCGCGCGUCUCAAGAAGUCCAAGUAUCACGUGCUCGACUAG